AUGAUUGAAAAGAGUUGGAUUCGAAAUCCAAUUAAAUCAAAAGAAUUCUCAGAUGGUGUAGUCCAAUUUUUAGACUUUGCCUUUUCAAAAGUGUCUGUAGAUGGAAAAAUUUCAUGCCCUUGUACAACAUGUGGAUUUUCUAUUAUGCUUAAUAGAACUGAAGUGUUUAGUCAUCUUCUUCAAAAGGGAUUUCCAGAAAAGUACUCGUGUUGGUUUAUGGAUGGCGAAAAGCGUGUAGUUUCUAAUGUAGCAUCAACAUCCAGAUUACAAUUUGAGCCGGUUAGAAAAUAUCCGAUGCAAGAUAUGUUGAAUGAUGAUUUUGGUGUGUUUGAUGAUAAUAAUUUUCAAGAUUCUGGUCCAUUAAAUUUAUUAGAUAAUGAUCAUCCUUGGGGUGCUAAAGGUCAAAGUCAAGAAGAGAGAGAUAAAAUUAAGGAGGAGUUGGAGGAUGGUAAUCAACAACUUUAUAAUGGUUGUGAAAAAUAUAGUAAAUUGUCAUUCAUUGUUCAUAUUUAUCAUAUUAAGGUCUUAUGUGGUGCAACCGAUAAAACAUUCUUAAUGAUUCUUGACCUGUUAAAGGAUGCUUUUCCCCAUGCAAAACUACCAUCAUCAUUUUAUGAGUCAAAAAAAAUGAUCAAAAGGUAUAUAUCAGAUGACCAUAAUGUUGGUACAAACGCUGAAAUUGAUGACCAACAGAAGAGGAAGCUAAAGCCAGCGAAAGUGUUGCGGUACUUCCCACUUAUACCUAGAUUGAGAAGGUUAUACAUGUGCUCCAAAACUUCAGAACUAUUAAAAUGGCAUGCUACAAAGGCUAAUAUAGAUGGUUUAUUACGGCAUCCCAGAGAUAACAAAGCAUGGAAAUAUUUUGAUUCAUUCUAUCCCAAUUUUGCUUCAGAAACUCGUAAUGUGCGAUUUGCUUUAGCUACGGAUGGUUUCAAUCCAUUUGGGAAUCUAAGCUCUACUGUUAGCAUUUGGCCUAUGAUGUUGUACAUUUAUAACUAUCCUCCAUGGUGUUUUAUGAAGCAAACUUCUCUUAUCAUGUCGAUGGUGAUUCCUAGUCCUAAAAUGCUUGGUAACAACGUUGAUGUUUACUUACAACCUUUAGUUACUGAUUUGAAUCAAUUGUGGAAAGGUUUGAGUGCUUAUGAUUCCUCAACUAAGGAAAUAUUUCGAUUGCGUGCUACGUUAAUGUGGACCAUAAGCAAUUUUACAGGUCUUGACAACUUGUCUAGAUGGAAAACACAUACAUUAUUUGCUUGUCCAUCAUGUAACUUUAACACAGAUUCUACGAGAAUUAGUUUGGUUCAUCUAGUUAUUCACAUUGGAGAGGAAGCAAUUCUUGCUGGUCCUGUACAAGGUCAUUGGAUGUACCCAAUUGAAAGGGUACUCGGUCAUUUGAAAUCGUAUGUUCAAAACAAUUCCACAACAGAAGGUUAUAUAGCUGAAGGGUACAUUCUGGAAGAGUGCCUUACUUUUUGUUCUAGAUAUUUAGAGGAUUGUGAAAUUGAAACAAGGUUUAAUCGACCAAGACGUAAUAAUGAUGAUAGUGAGAUUGCUGCUACAAGUGAAUCUGGUAUCUUGUCAAAGUUGUUUCCUGCAAUAGGCAAGCCUGUUGGGACCAUUAAGAAUCUACCCAUACCUUCAGUGGAAAUCAUACAAGCUCACCGAUAUGUGCUAACUAAUUGUGAAAUAGUUGAUGCAUUUUGA